GUUAAGAGAAUGAUCUGUUUCAUCGCCCUCGUGCUGUCUGCUGUGUCACUCUACUGGAUGAGAUGGCGGAUUAAGAACAAGAAAUUACUGUAUAUUUCAGAUCAGCUCCCUGGUCCUCCUACGAUACCGAUCUUGGGUAACGCAUUACAAAUAGUGGGCCCUCCUGAAGAGUUAACAAAUACUAUUGGAAGGUACCUGCAAGAGUAUGGUGACGUCUUCAGGGUAUGGAUUGGACCUGACCUUAAUAUUUUUGUGAACGACCCCGAUGACAUUAAGACGCUUCUCAAAAGUCAGAAGACCAGCAUUAAAGGGCCCCAGUACAAGUACAUAAAAGAUUACUGCGGAUCCGGCCUCCUCAGUGGCUCAGGUCCUAGUUGGCGAAUCUGCAGAAAGACGGUACUACCGAACUAUGGCAAAAAAGCGUUAGAAGCCUACGACGAAGUCAUCAACCACGAAGCAAAUGAAACUGUAAAACGGCUUGUGACUAAAUCGGGAGGAAAAACGUUUAACAUCUACGAUGACGUAGUCUUGGGCACUACUUACACUGUUUGCCAGACAUUAAUGGGAUUGACAAGGGAACAGACCAUAGACCUACCAAAUAUCAAUGCCUUUCUACAAGAUGCUCACGAGUAA